CAAGCCGCCGCGUAGGAGCGUGCGUUCAGGCCCUCUUCUCCCACCUAUUCGACUCCCCGUCCCCAGGAUGUCAACCUCAGCCCCUCAAGGCCAUACCUGGACCCAACGGGUGAAGAAGGAGGAUGAGGAGGAGGACCCGCUGGACCAGCUGAUCUCCCGCUCUGGCUGUGCUGCCUCCCACUUUGCAGUGCAGGAAUGCAUGGCCCAGCACCAGGACUGGCGGCAAUGCCAGCCACAGGUGCAGGCGUUCAAGGAUUGCAUGAGUGAACAGCAGUCGAGGCGGCGAGAGGAGCUGCAGAGGAGGAAAGAACAAGCCAGUGCCCACCACUGAGACCUCAAACCACCUAUCCCCAGUAGAUGGCCCUGCCAAGAUCAGCACCCAGCAAGAUUAUAGAGGAAGAAAUCCUAAAUGCUGGGUGUGGGAGGUAUAAAACCUGGGGAUAGUUUUUGGAUCUGGAGUUGAGAGCCAUGGGUUUGGACGUGACUGGCACAAACAGCUGUCAUAUGUUCAUGGUCAGAUCUCACACAUCCUCAGCUGUCUUGUUCCACCAGUAUUUGCCAGGAAAACAAAGAAUGUGAUAAGGGAUGCUCCCCCACCCCACAUCUUGGGUCAGUGUGCCAAGUACUGAGAUGAUUUUAGGGACAUUUUAUUUUAAAUUAAAUUCACAAUCUAAUGGUAAAUUGGUUAAAAA